AUGGUGGGAGCCAGCAAGAGAUACAGUUCUAUCCUCACUAGCAACAAGGUUGUUAAAAUAGGACUGAUCUUGGCAUUCAGGAGCAUUCUUUUAGUGCUCCCAUUCCCCUUCACCUUAAGGAGACUGAAAUACUGUCAGAAGAAUCUCCUUUCUCACUCAUAUUGUCUUCCUCAGGAUACCAUGAAGCUGGCCUGCUCUGACAACAAGAUCAAUGUCAUCUAUGGCUUCUUUGUUGCUCUCUGUAUUAUGCUGGACAUGGCAUUGAUUUUUCUGUCAUAUGUGCUGAUCAUGAGAGCUGUACUCAGCACUGAAUCUUUGGAAGAGAAGCUCAAAGCUCUCAACACCUGUGUUUCCCACAUCUGUGCUGUGCUCAUCUUCUAUGUGCCCAUCAUCACCCUGUCUGCCAUACAUCGCUUUGCCAAACACAAAAUUCCCCUUGUUAUGAUCCUUAUUGCAGAUGUGUUCUUGUUAGUGCCACCUCUGAUGAACCCCAUUGUGUACUGCGUAAAGACCCAGCAGAUCUGGGAGAAGGUCUUAAGGAAGUAUAACAUAUGUCGGAGAUAA